CACAACCAGAAAACCAACCCAGAUGGUCAAACUAAAUACAGAAUAAAAAGGGUGGGCCUGUGUAACUUGGAUAAAUGAUAACUUAAAUAAGAUUGAUAGAUAUAAAUUUGAUAUAUUUGUCAUAAAGUUCAUGUAAUGAGUGAAUUAGAAGUUUUUUUAGUUUGACUGUUAGACAUUUAGAGUUUAGAUUGUGCUGAUUUUUCAGGAGUCAUACAUUUUUACUCGAAUGAGUUACGAGAGUCAUAAUAUAUCAAAUCGAAGAUAUUCAGUACUCCAUAUUUCCAAAUUUUCAAGGGGUCGGCUGACCACCCGGUCCACCCUACUCUCCCUUGGCUCCGCCCCCGAGUAAAACCACUUCUUAAAUUGAUCUUUCAAUAUCACAUGUAUAAGUAUUAUUAAAGAAUUACUGAACUAUAUGUAGUGUAAUUGUGGGUAAAAUACAAAUACAUAGAGACUAACAACAUGAAAGACCCUGGCAGCUACCCAAUUAUAUAAACACUUACUGCUUCCACAUUUUAAGGAUCAAACCGACUCUCUCUCUGGAUAUAUAUCUCGGCGAAAAUGAUCCUUGAGAUCGCAAAUAAUAAGAAUAAGAACCCCUGGCUGGUAGGAAGUGGUGAUAUGAAGCCACGGCUGAAAUGGACUCCAGAACUUCACCAUAGAUUUGUUGAUGCAGUAUCUCAGCUUGGAGGUGCAAAACAAAGGCUCACUUAGUUCAUCAUGGAUCAUAAUAUUGGUGACAAUAUCAUGCACGUGCAGAGGCUACACCGAAUUCAUUGAUGAGAAAAAUGAACAUUCAGGGGAUUACUCUUUACCACCUGAAGAGCCAUUUGCAGCUCCAUGCUGCAGAAAUUUCGACUUGGGAAAGGCCAGAAUCCUCAGCCACACCAAGAUAGCAAGCAAGAAGAUUACAUAGAACAUCAGAGUCAAUCACCUGCAGACAACAGUGAUGAAGCCCAGGGUCAGAUGAAUGAGCAAUGGCCUAUAAACAGCUUCUUAGUCAGUGGGAAUUGGGUAAUGGAGUGUUUUGCAGGGGUAGUACAUUUCUCUUGAUAUGUAUUUGAGAUAUUAUAGAAGUUGAAGAAAUAACAUAAUAUGUGAUACCAAGCCCUUAUUAAUUUUUUAGUACCAAGAAAUAACAGUACUUUAAUCGUCCUCCUUUAUUAAUUUUUUAGUAACAUUUUAUAUAUACCAAGCCCUCCAAAGCCCCAAACCCCUUUACCUAAAAUACCCUUCAUAAUUUUAUAUUAGAAUGGAUUUGAAAUCUAGUCUACUAACACCUAUAUGGAUAAAAUUUCUGCUCUGAUAAUCUAUAAGCACCGAAACAGCUCAGGCUUUGCGAAUCCAAAUGGAGGUGCAUAGGAAACUGCAGGAACAAAUCGAGGUGCAAAGACAUAUCCAGCAGAGAAUUGAAGCCCAGGGGAAGUAUCUCCAGUCUGUUAUAAAGAUGGCACACGAGACACUUUCUGGAUGUGGUUCUUCUUCUGUAGAAGUGGAGCUUGCAAAAGCUGAAAUCUCUAAAUUGAAGUUAAUGGUUGAUAUGGAGUGCUUUAGCUGUUCAUCUUCAGGGUUGACCGAAAAAGAAUGUUCAGUAAGAAAAGACACAGAAUGUUUAGGAAGGAUGGAAUAUGAGCAAAAAGUGAUGGAAGAAGCUGGGAAGCAGGUGCCUGGAAAUUCUUCUGUGGAACUUCCAUUGAUGGAAAUGCAUCCAACCCAUGGAAAUAGAUUAAAUGGUCACACAAGUGGAAGAAAAAGAAGCCAAUGCACCAGUUCUGAUAAUAACUUAAUGAGAAACCAUGUGACCAAAUCUUCAAAGCCAGCACAUAUGACCAAAAUUUAAAAACAAUUGGAUUCUUGAAGAAUCUGGACUUGAAUAAGAAGUGCCUUAGAGACUUCGAUACCUGCCACCCUAAAGAUAUUGACUUGAACUGCAAUGGUAUGGAAAGGUUUAAUGGGUACAUAUAGACAUACAGUUUGAGUGUAAGCUUUGUAUCAUGUAAAGUGGCUGUGGGGAACAUCAUCAGCCAGAAGUGUUGUGUAUACAAAUCAGAUAAAAGUAAAUUAACGGUUAAAG